AUGGGCUCCCCAGCAUUGGAGAAGACCAAUAUAGUCGUGAAAAAUGCAAGUGGAGAUACAAUGAAGAUAUAUGGAAAGCUUAAAUGCAAGAUUACCAUGAAAGGUGUCAAUACUGAAGGAGACGCCUAUGUGACGCCGCAUAGCUCACUCUUGGGUCUCGAAUGGAUUCGAGCAAACGAGAAAUUGAUGUACCACAUAGAAAUGAUAGCUGCGGAAGUGAAAGCAAACUGCAACCCCAGACUUGAAGAAGAAAGACCCAAUCCAGAAAAGAUCGAAGCAAUUAAGAAUAUGAGUGAACCGAAGAAAUAUUGCCCAACUAAGAGCGUUCCUCGGCAUGGUGACAUACUACUCGCUUUUGUACCCUCUAUGAAGGAUCUACGUGGACCCCUGGACGCACGGUUGAAGAAGGAUGCGGUGUGGAAAUGGUCUUCAAAAGAACAAGAAGCGUUCAGAAACCUAAAAGGAAGUGUUAUCAAGUGA